AUGACUGAUGUUUACAACAUGCAUGGUUGGAUCCAGAAACUCUGGAAAUCAAGAAUAUCUUCAUCAGCACAACGUGAACAGGAGGCAAUGAUGACAGAAAAGUCAAUGUCUUCUGUCCGCAGCACAUCACCUCCCCCCCCAUCUACAUUGUCAAGCUCUUCUUCGUCAUCAUCAUCUUCCAAACAACCACAGCCUCACUCUGCUCUGAGCUUGCUGCAGCGAUGGAGCCGAAAGUACGACGUGUUCGUGUGCCACAGCUCCGUGCACAGUGACAUUGAAGAGGCUGUUCGCCUGGUCUCUUAUCUGGAGUCAUCACCCCGGAGCCUGAGGUGCUUUCUAAUGCAGAGGGACGCCUGUCCAGGAGGUGCAAUUUCCACAGAGUUAUGCCAGGCUGUGAAGGACAGCCACAUAAGGGCUCUGCUUAUCACGCCUGACUUCCUGCAGGAUGAUUGGUGCAAGUACAUGAUGCACCAGGUUCUGGCAGAGGCGCCUAUGUCCAAUCGGAUUAUCCCCCUGGUUCAGAACCUGUCCCACUCUCAAUAUCCUCAGGAACUGAGGUUCUACUUCUACACUGACCUGGGCAAGAACCCUGACAGGGGUUAUACUCAGGUCAACAUGACUGUGCUCAAGUAUCUGGAAGACCUGCCUAAAAAGGAGAAGACACUUGAUGACAACAUGGAUGACUCUUGCAAUGGACUAAAUUGAGAAGGCAGCUCACAAAAAGACAAGCUGGUGUCCAAGUAUGACCCCACUGACACUUCACUGGAAGAAAUAGAGAAGAGACACAAAAGCUUCAAUGGUGUUUAUGAUGAUCAUCAUCACCUGUAUUUAAAGAUGCUGAGUUUUAAAGAAAUGUUACGCUACGGCUUUUCCUCUUUUUCUGUAGGUGACCAACAUCGUGCGUGUGUGUGCGAGUGUGUAGUACGGAUGUUUAUACAGUAAACAGGAAACAGUUGAAUCCAAACACCACUGUGGUUUAGAUCCUGCAUCAGAGCUAGAGAAAUACAGUGUGUGCUGCACCCAACUAAACAGCUGACGUUUAUGGGAACAUGUUGUGAGCAUUUCUUCAUAUACUCAGCUUUUUACACAUAAUUCAGGUCAAUUACAACCCAUAAUUUAAGUUGACAAUAAAAGGCACUAAAACGCCUCAAAUGCAUGUGAUCCUCCUUUUAAUACAGUUAACAAAUGGACAGAUUGCUGUUAAAGGAUCAUAAUAUUGUGAUGCAUGUAGUUUACCACUAGGGGGUGCAUUUUCCACUUCUAUGCAAUCGGGAGUUCAAGUGAGGAGAUUCCAGUGUUGAAGGUGUGAUCUCUCUCUCUGGUAUUUGCAAGCUUUCACCACUAAACAACAGCGAUCACAGUAACACUGUGGCUCUUGUAUGUGUGAAAGAGAGAGCGAGAGUAAAAGGGAAGGACACACCCAUAGCUAACUGAUAGUGGGAUAACAUUUUCGCAGAACUGCGACCUCAAGUUAUUACAGAGGAAGUGUUCCUGAGAAACGUUACAACGUCAUGUUUCCUUCUACUGUCUGAGAACCAUCUCUUUGUAUGGAUCAGAGUCAUAAUAUGCCUAACUUGUAGCUCAGCUAGUUGGAACAAAGUCUGGACAUGUUGAAGAUCUGGAAGGAACAGCCCUUCUUUCCUCCAUCCACACACACACACACACACACACACACACACACACACACACACACACACACACAACACACUUUCAUCUCUCUGAUAGAUUAAAUGUCCUUGGCAGCACCUUCUCUUGUCAGUCAAGCGCAUUGGAAUUGCUUCAUUUGGUUGGUAUUUGGACCAUUGGAUGUAGAAUAUCAGUUAUUCAAUGCGUCAACUGGAGCAUGACAUUUGUGAUUAUUGAUCAUUGUUGUUUUUAACGCAGGCAAGGCUUUUUUCUGUUUUACAGGAGACACCAUCUGCUUCCAAGAAGUGCUUCUUGUUCCGUUUCAGAUUUUUCAUUAAUGCUGUAUUAUCCUCCCACAUCCCUACCUCCCACAACAACGACAGACAUUUAGCACCACAAUAAAAGAGCCUUGCUAAUCACCUCUUUUGUGGCAAGCCAACAUUGUAACAUAAAAAUUUAAUUUAAUCUCUGAAAGGCACAGAUGUUCUAUGAAGCUUUUUUUAAAUGUUGUUGUCAUAACAACUUCCUUUCCGGAUGACACAUGGUGAGGGCUGUAGUCAUUGUUGGGAGAGGAACCCUGUAGCUGAAAAAUAGCUGGGAAGAAUAAUACAAAAAUGGAGAGACACGUCAGUGGUUUGGCUCAUGCUAAAUGUCAAAUUGUAAUUUUUAACCUUCACUUUUUGUGCGGAUUUAACAAAUGCCAUUUAACGUGUUCGUCACGGUCUUGGGUUUUGUUUAGUUGUUUUCUCUGUAUUAUUUAGAAUUUCCCUGCCCCUUGUGUCCUGUGUUCUCUUCACUUCCUGCCUUCAUAUGUUUUUCCACCGGUGUAUGGCGGCCUUUCCCCUGAUUGAAUCCCCAAUCACCUGCACCUCCCCAGUGUA